AGGUAACCAAAGAUGAUAAAUGGCAACAAAAUAGCUACAUUAUCCUGCAACAAAUCCAUGAAUUGGAAAAAACACAGCCAUUGCAGGGCAUUUUCGACCAUUCAAGCCUAACACAUGUCAAGGAGCGAACGUGCAGAUUACCUUUCAAGCACGACACCAUGCAAAAACUCGACAAUCACACGUACAUAUUCGGUUCUGAUAUUGAUUUGGAAAACAAAACCGAAGAGUCAUCGCCAUUUUCGCAGCUCGAAAAUGUCACGAGUAGUGUAAUUAAUCCCUUACAAGGAGACUCAUUUUGGCCUACUAAUGAGAUAUGGCUUCAGAACAUGCAAGAGCUAGGAGUUUAUGAAGAAGUCAAAUGUUUUGAUGCUUCGGAUAUACCCGAUGUUGACUUGACAUUUCGAAACUUUGAGGAGUUUUUCGGAAAUGAACAUGAUCUUUGCAUUGGUGAUGAUGAAAAUAUGUCGUGCUCGUUUGGUGAAUUAGACACGGGCUGUUUAAGCAAAAUCGAGGAAAUUGCAGGGUCUUCUUCCCCUGUAAACCUAAACCUCGAUGUUGUUGACAACAAAAUCGAUACAUCUAAUCAAGUUCGUAAAUUACAAUCGUUACCUUUUUCGUAUGAUUUGGACAAUACAAAGUUGGAAGUAAAGGCAAAAGCCAAAACGAGAUGCAAGGAGACGAAAGUCGUGCGGCGUGAAAAGCAAGCCGAGUGUACAUCUCCGAAAUAUGUAUCCGAACGGCAAGAAACGAAGAAAAGGUCGACUUUUGAAGGUCAAAGGCCGCGAAAACGAGACUGCAAAUGCAAUGACAAAGCUUUCGGAAGGUGCAUUAGUCGAUAGUAAAUCGAUCUUGUGCAUGUAUUAUUCACAAGAACAAAAACAAACUAAGGAAUGCUUUGAAGACAUUCUCCUAAUCUCAUUUUAUCCUUUUUGUUCAUGUGUUUUAAGUUCAUUUUGUUCUACCAAGUGGUUUUUAACAUUUGACUCAAUUUCUCUAUGAGGACAGGUUUUGAAGUUCAUGUGACACGGUCUUGUUUGUAACUUUUUACCCAUUUUUGGGCUGUUAUUUUUAAUGUGUCCCAUGGUAACUAAAUAAAUAAAUUUUUUCUUUCUUUUUUUUUUUU